AAGAGAUAAGAGAAUAAUCAAAAUAAAAUAUUAUCAAAAUAUAAUAAAAAAAAAAUUUAAGUAUAUAAAUUUUUUUUCCUGGUCAUAUCAAUACGGUCAUGAAAUUUCGAUUUCUUUGUCUUUUUUUUUUACAUAUAAUGGAUUUGCCUGAAACGCUACACGAUUUUCUUUUAGUCUUUCUGGGAUCGGGUAUUAUAUUAGGAAGUCUAGGAGUAGUAUUACUUACCAACCCUAUUUUUUCUGCUUUUUCGUUGGGACUGGUUCUUGUUUGUAUAUCCUUAUUAUAUAUUUUAUCAAACUCCCAUUUUGUAGCUGCAUCACAGCUACUUAUUUACGUGGGAGCUAUUAACAUUUUAAUCACAUUUGCUGUGAUGUUCAUGAAUAGUUCCGAAUAUUACCAAGAUUUUAAUCUUUGGACUGUUGGGGAUGGAAUUACUUUGAUAGUUUGUACAAGUAUUUUUGUUUCACUAAUAACUAUUAUUUCAGAUACUUCAUGGUACGGAAUUAUUUGGACUACAAGACCAAAUCAGAUUAUUGAGCAAGAUUUGAUAAGUACUAGUCAACAAAUUGGAAUUCAUUUAUCAACCGAUUUUUUUCUUCCAUUUGAACUAAUUUCAAUAAUUCUUUUAGUUGCUUUGAUAGGUGCAAUUGUUGUAGCUCGCCAGUAAAAAAUCUUUAUAGAAUUAGUAAUAUAAAUCAAGAUUUUAUUUUUUUUUUUUCAAUUCUAUGUUAUGUAUAAACUCUUUUUUUUUAUUGCCAAUAUAUUCUUUUGUUCCAGACUUGGUAUAUUCUUUAGUCAAUUGAAUCUGUUGAAUUUUUGUUCAUAUUGAAAUGAAUCAAAAUUAAUAAGGAGUUGGUCAAUGAUGCUCGAACAUGUACUUGUUUUGAGUGCCUAUUUAUUUUCUAUUGGUAUCUAUGGAUUGAUCACGAGCCGAAAUAUGGUUAGAGCCCUUAUGUGUCUUGAACUUAUACUGAAUGCAGUUAAUAUAAAUCUCGUAACUUUUUCUGAUUUUUUUGAUAA